AUGGGACACCAGGGCUGGGCGGCGCUGGUGACGGGGCAACAAAUCCUCGGUCAGCUAGCAGGUCAGGGUGGCGGCUCUAGCAAUUUUGGAGGAAGACCCUUUGGGGGAAGACCCUUUGGAGGACGACCUAAUCAAGGUUUUAGCAACAACUUUGGAGGACGACCCAAUCAAGGCUUUGGAAACAACUUUGGAGGUGGCUUUGGAGGACGACCUAAUCAAGGUUUUGGCAACAACUUUGGAGGAGGUUUUGGAGGACGACCUAAUCAAGGUUUUGGCAACAACUUUGGAGGAGGCUUUGGAGGACGACCUAAUCAAGGAAUUGGCAACAACUUUGGAGGAGGCUUUGGAGGACGACCUAAUCAAGGAAUUGGCAACAACUUUGGAGGAGGCUUUGGAGGACGACCUAAUCAAGGUUUUGGCAACAACUUUGGAGGAGGAGAUGGCAUCUUCGGUAACAAAGCUUACACAGGACUACAACGAGGUUCAACAAUAGAGUUCUUAGGCCAGAUGUAG